AUGGUGCAGCUGACGCACUACCACGACGACAGCCACAACGCAGCCAUGCGCGCGCUCGAAGGCGGCACCCCGGCUCGCAGCCGUGUGCCGACACCGCCCGAGUGCGACGAAAAGCAGCAUCAGGAGUCGACCAGCUCGGCGUCAGCUUCGACCGCUCACUCGCACUUUGCCAACGCUGUCCCCACCGCCGCCGCCGCCGCCGCCGCCUCCGCUGCCACAGCGGUUCCACCUGGAGAGCAAGGCGAAGCAAGAGAAGAUUGGCGGACCCGGUUCAGAAAGGAGCUGCGGAGGAGGAUCCUGCACACCACGCCGAGCUGGUUUGCAGUCAACAUGGGCACGGGCAUCACGGCCAUCCUGCUCCACCAGCUGCCCUACCAGUUCGACGGACUGGAGACCAUCUCCAACGUCAUCUUUGCGCUCAACGUCGUCCUGUUCGCCCUCAUCCUUGCGCUCAGCAUCGCACGCUACGUCAUCUGGCCCAGCAUGUUCUGGACGAUGCUCUACCACCCGACCCAGUCCCUCUUCCUCGGCACGUUCCCCAUGGGCUUCACGACCAUCAUCAACAUGAUGGUCUACAGCCUGGUGCCGGCGUGGGGUUCGGGCUGGCUGACGGCGGCCCACGUGCUGUGGUGGAUCGACUCGGCCGUGGCCAUCGUCAUCGCCAUCGGCAUUCCCUUUGUGCAGUUCACUCGCCACUCGCAGUCGUUUGACAACAUCUCGGGCGUCUGGUUCCUGCCCGUCGUCACGACCGUCGUGGCCGCCGCCACGGGCGGGACGGUGGCGUCGGCGCUCAUUGGCGCGGGCCAGGUCGACGAGGCGCGCGUCGUCGUCGUGGCGAGCUACAUCCUGUGGGGCACGGGCGUGCCGCUGUCGAUGAUGCUCAUGACGCUCUACUAUGCGCGGCUGGCCAUCUACAAGAUCCCGCCGGCGGCCAUGAUCGUAUCGGCCUUUCUGCCGCUCGGGCCGUGCGGGCAGGGCGCGUUCGGGCUGCUGCAGCUGGCGGCGGACCUGGUCGAGAUUACGCGCCUCACCGGGUCGUUUGCGCUCGGCGGCUCUGGUGGCGCGCCGGGGCGCGGGCUGGAUAGCGAGUCGGCGCACCUGGUGUCGUACGCGAUGCAGGGCGCGUCAAUUCUCGUCGCCCUCGUCAUCUGGGGCGUCGGCCUCGUGUGGCUCGUAUUGGCCGUGGCCACCAUUGCCGACAUGACGGCGGCCAGCUUUGUCCCCUUCAACAUGGGCUGGUGGGGCUACACGUUCCCGCUCGGCACGUUUGCCACGGCCACGACGCAGCUCGGCCGCAUGCUCGACAGCCGCGCCUUUCUCGUGCUCGGCACCGUGCUCAGCGCCAUUGUCGCCCUCCUCUGGCUCGGCCUGUUCGUCGUCACGGGCUGGAAGGCCGUCACGGGCACCAUGUUCUUUUCGCCCUGUCUAGCCGAACAGGGCGGAUCGCCGCCCGUCCUGGUGGCGCCGGCGCGCAAGUACGCCUACAGUCCUCGCCCACCGUCGCAGACGCGGGGUGCAUCGUCGCUGUCGCCGUUGCCGUUCAACCGGAGCCGCAACCGCAGCGGCGCACGGGACGCGUCGCACGACCAUCAUCGAGAUGGCGUACCGCGCGGUCCCAUCGAGAGGGUGCUCGAGGUCUUCAUCCGGGAUAAGAGCCAGGAUGCGGAUCGGGAUGCGGAUGCGGAUAGGGAUAGGGGAAGGAGCCAGACGAGGUUGGAUCGGAGCGGCGGCGGCGGCGGUGGCGGCGGAUUGCAGGAUGACGUCGUUGGUGGAGCGGGUGAGGUGCGGACGGCCGAGGUGCGUCGGUAG